CCCAGCCAAGGAAUGGACACCCGGGCCACACACUCGAGACUCUCAGAUUGAUAAGAAGAGAGAAACUCGCUUUGGUGAGUCCUCCGCUGCCGGAAUCUGACGUCAUGGACACCGAAGCCAUGCCGUCCCACUCCAUACUAGACAAACCCCUCUCACAGCUAACUCAAGAAGACAUUUCUCAGCUCACCCGCGAAGAUUGCCGCAAAUUUCUUAAAGAGAGAGGAAUGCGGAGACCCUCGUGGAACAAAUCGCAGGCGAUCCAGCAAGUUAUAUCCCUCAAAGCUCUUCUAGAAGGCAACGAAGAUUCCGGCGCUGCUGCUCUCUGCAAAAUUCUCGGCUCGCCCCAUCUGGACGCGCCGCCCGAAACUCCACAUUUGGGUUACCCAAUGAAGGAAUCGAGUAAUGGCUGUUUCCCCGGUCACAUUUCGGCAACAAUGGUGGAUGAGACGUUUUCAUGUCGGCAGAAGGACUCUCCAAAAUCCACCACUCCUUCAGAGGAAUUGGGUUGGCCACCAAUAGAUAGCGAUGUUAAUGUUAUCAGUCCCAGGAGUCCAAGUGUGAAAAAUAGUUUAGUCGGGCAAAUGACAAUUCUCUAUUGUGGCAAGGUUAACGUGUAUGAUGGAGUUCCACCUGAUAAGGCGCGGGCACUAACGCGCUUUGCAGCAAGUCCUAUACCUUUUGACAAUACACUUUGUGGAACUUCAGCACUGUGGUCCUUUCCGUCUCAUUCACACACUGCAAGUGACAAACAUGGCCCUGUUCCUACUGGUGUAUCAACUCUCCAUACCAUGCAAACAGAGGGCCAAGGGAGCAGGGAAGUGUCAUUGCAGCGGUUUCUCAAAAAGCGGAAAGACAGGGGAAGAUUUAAGGGCAGGAAUAAUACAGGGCUCACGUCUUCUGGCUUGGAGGUGUAUCUGAACCAUCAGGUUGGGAAACAUAGCCCAAAUGGACACACAAGCCGAAGUAGCACAAGCUCUCCCCCACCAAGCCUGGAAGGCCAUCUACCUUAGGUGACAACCAAGUAAAGGCUAGUUAUUCUGUUGAUCUCGAUGAAGAUGUCCAGGGACGCCAAAUUUGAAUAUGACCUACGGGUCAUUUGGUGCUGGAGAAUAAGGAGAGAUCGAUGGCUUGUAGACAAUUGGCACCGCAGAGCAUGGAAGAGAAAGAAGACACCAAUCUAACAGCCUUCAAUUACUGCUUUCCCUUUAAAUGAGCUAGCUAGCUGCUUCCUAUAGCAAUGAAGUUUAUUUACUAAACUAGUUAUUUCUGCUUCUCUAAGAGAAGCCUUUUCUUAGCACUCGAGCUUGAUCAAUUUUGCCAGAGACUUGGUAGGCCGUCCACCGGGUUUCUUGUUUCUGUAUAUUAACUCAUCUUUGCUUUGAGCUAAGCCAGAUAUAGAGCAGCAAACUGUCUCUGCUUUAUGUAAUAUGUAAACUUUUGCCACCGUGUAGGGAUUGAUUAAAUUUCCACUUCUCAAAAUAGUGUACUGUAUU